UGUAUACUGUACAUUUUGAAUGUGUUGACUUUUUUUUGCUGCGCUGCGAGGAGAACCACAAUGGGUCCUUUGUUUCCAACGUGUUUCCUGGGAACUCUGCUGCCAGAGAUAUGGCACUAAAAACAAGUUUGUGCUUCUGAAUAGUUAUGGUAAAAGUGUGUGUUUAUUUAUCAAACGUAAGUGACAAUCGGCAUCAUUUAGUGAAGCUCAAGAUGAGCUUAGAGACAUGUCCGUUUUGUGGGAAGCCAUUCAAAAGGCUCAAAUCUCAUCUUCCUCACUGCAAAAUGGCCCCUGGGUCCAAGACUGCUAAAAGACCUAAAGAAAUCCCGGCUGUUACUUUUAAACACACAAGUAAUAAGGAUAAGACAAAUAAAGUCAACACUGACACUAAACUGAAUUAUCCAACAUCUCAGGCAAACUCCAUAUCCCCAGUGAAAUCCGAAAAAGUUGAAAAGGUGAGCGUAGAUAAGGAAUUUUUACAAAACAUGUCCUUCACACUCCCAAGCACUUCAUCCAAAGUCCCAUCAGCUGAAGCAAUGGACACAGACACUUUGAAGCCCAAAAUCAAGUGGCUUGCAAAAAGAGAACAAGAGAUGUUGAAACGAGCAAAGCUGCAGACACAGACAAGAAUUGAAUUCGAUUCAGUUUCUCAGCAGGAAAAGCAUAACAGUAAAACGUACAAAAACCCCAUAACAGAUGCACCUUUAUUAGAAAAAGAAAUCCCCGGUGGGCAAAAAGGGCUCACAGAAACCAGUUUGACUUCUCAACUUAUCACCAGCACUGCCACAGAUCCUUUACAAAGAGUUCCAUGGACCACAGACUGCCAGGUUAAACAAAGUAUGCAAGAGUGCAAAGAAAAUACUUGUGUAUCAGAGCAGAUACAAAAUAGCCCAAAGCCUUUGACCAAAGAACUGGGUUCAAGAGUAAACGAGCAAGUUGUGACUGUAUUUCAAACUAAGACUUGUGUGUGGGACCACAUUAAACACGCACUUUAUGAAGGGAGACAUGACCGUGUUCCAGUGUUAUUUCCCAUAGUUUCAGCACACAAAGUCUCUUUUACUAAGUAUGUAAACACUUCAGAGUGUGUACUCAGUUCUCAUACAGGGAAUGAUCAAAAUGCUACUAUGAAGGCUUGCCCUAUACAGCUUCCGAUUUCCCAAACCUCAGUUCAAAAGUCAGUUGAAGACGUGCUCAGCUCACGCUUACAAAACAUGUCCGUAAUGGCAUACUCCCCUGAGAUGGCAACAGGUUAUGGUGAAACGUUUUUCUUCUCGAGUCAUUCAGAAAUCUCCUCUAAUGAAAAUGUAUUGAUGAAGUGCCAAACCUCCAAGUUUUCACCACAGAGUCAAGGUUUAAUGACAGAGCGAAGACUUGGAGAUGUGAAACUGAAGGAGCUUUUUUCUUGGCUUGGUGCCCGAACACCAAAAUCACCCAAGGAGACCGUGACAAUGUUUAACAAAGGUUGGCAGUGGUAUUACAGGAAGUACAUUGAUGUACAGAAAGGAGGAAUAGGUGGGAUUGCAAUGCUGAUUGGUGGCUACUGUGUCCUGAGUUACAUAUGGAGUUAUUCUCAUAUCAAGAAACAGCGCUGGAGGACGUACCAUUAGAGUAUUUGGUGAAUUUCAUAGGUUUUCAAACCUUAUUGACCUCAAAGUAUUGCAAAAUGUGAACUGCAAUACUUGAAACUAGAUUUUUUUUUAAAGUAAUUUAUUUAGAUUUUUAAUUCAUUUAGAUAAAUUAAUGCAAAAUGAAUGCUACACUGACAUACACAAACAAGUGUGAGUACUCAAACGCUGACUUCAAAUCAAGUAUCAGAUCUCUUACUUAUACACUUGACUUCCUUCCAAGCCACUGCACUUGGUUAAUAAGCUUCAAAAUAUUUAUGACUCCAACACAUGUAAGAAUCUUUAAUUUGAUGAAGAAAUGAGUAACCUGCGAAAGAAACUAUUCAUUAACAUCCAUUCAUGUAUUUUGGGGAAGAGGGUGGUAUCAGGAACAUCUCAUCUCAUAUUCUCAUCUCAUUAUCUCUAGCCGCUUUAUCCUGUUCUACAGGGUCGCAGGCAAGCUGGAGCCUAUCCCAGCUGACUACGGGCGAAAGGCGGGGUACACCCUGGACAAGUCGCCAGGUCAUCACAGGGCUGACACAUAGACACAGACAACCAUUCACACUUACAUUCACACCUACGGUCAAUUUAGAGGCACCAGUUAACCUAACCUGCAUGUCUUUGGACUGUGGGGGAAACCGGAGCGCCCGGAGGAAACCCACGCGGACACGGGGAGAACAUGCAAACUCCGCACAGAAAGGCCCUCGCCGGCCCCGGGGCUCGAACCCAGGACCUUCUUGCUGUGAGGCGACAGCGCUAACCCCUACACCACCGUGCCGCCCUGGUAUCAGGAACAUCUGAAGUUUAAGUCCGCUCACUUUUUUUUUUUUAAAUGAGUGUGGAAUACAGUGCUUUGAGUUAGAGUACAUUUGGGUUUUUUAGGUGAUGGUGGAUGAAAUCUAAUUAAAGAACUGGUUUGAUACUUUUACAGGGAAUGGCUUUUUUUUUUUUAAAUUAACAUAACUGAUAUUCCCCCCCCCCACCCCCAUUAAAACACAAUGUCAGUAUUUAUAAGUGAUAAAUACUAAAAGUGUACAUUUUUGGUAGCAAAAGAAUCAUGUACCACAUGCGUUAACUGUUGUAUUCAAAGUGAAUUUAAUAUUGAUUGAUCUUUGCUGUUGUAGUGAACACAAAUUAAAUAAUAAAUCAAUAUCUGACCAUAUAUUUUGAUUUCACAUAAACAAGGUAUACUCAACAUAAAAAAUAACUUCCUUUUUGUU